UAUAUAUGUUUGGAUGCCCGAAGUCUCACAAACGUCUCAUUUCGGUAGUUUAGUUGAUCAACUAUCAUCUCUCAACCCCCUGUCUCCGAUAUUGAUCUGCAUCUUCAGCUCUCAGACCACAGUUCCAAUAGGAUUCAUGGAUACAAUUUUGAUCAGUGUAGCCAUGUGCAUCCUGCUAGCCUUUACUCUCCGCUUCUUCCGAAGAAUUAUAAGCAAAGCUCCUCAAAAACUUCCACCAGGACCUUAUCCUUUGCCCAUCAUCGGAAAUAUACACAAACUAGGCAAGCUCCCUCAUAAGUCCUUAAACAAUCUUGCUCAGGUUUACGGUCCCAUCAUGCGUCUGAAAUUAGGCCGUGUAACCACCAUAGUCAUUUCUUCAUCAAGCGCAGCUCAACAAGUCCUCCAAAAGCAAGAUUUGGCCUUCUCUAAUCGUCUUGUUCCCGAUGCUACACGCGGUUCUGACCAUCACAAGUACUCAGUAGUAUUCUUGUCUGUCGGUAGUCGGUGGAGAAGUUUAAGAAAAAUUACGACCUCAUGUAUACUUGCAGCCAACAAGCUCGAUGCAAGUAAGCAUAUACGAAGUAGGAAGGUGCAUGAGCUUAUUGGCUACUGUAACACGUGUAGCCAGAUUCGUGAGGCUGUAGACAUUGGUAGUGCUACAUUUUUAACUUCGCUUAAUCUUUUGUCCAACACUAUAUUUUCAAAGGAUAUGAUAGAUUUGUAUCAGGAUACCGAGGAGGGUAAAACCUUCAGGGAGUUGGUGUGGAACUUGAUGGUUGAGGCGGGUAAGCCUAAUUUGGUAGAUUUCUUUCCUAUUUUUAAGUGGAUCGAUCCACAAGGUGUAAACCGGCGAGUUGCUGGUUAUUGUGAGAAGCUACUCGAGUUGUUUGAUGGUUUGAUAAAUGAGCGCUUGGAGUUGAAGAGAUCGGGAAAUUCCAGUGAGAAGAGUACAACAGACGUGCUUGAUGAACUGUUAACGAUGUUACAAACAAAUGAGAUGGACAAAACUCAAAUCCAACACCUGUUUGUGGACUUGUUUGUUGCAGGAACAGAUACAACUUCAAGUACAGUGGAAUGGGCAAUGGCUGAGAUAUUACGAAAGUCAGAAACAAUAUUAGUCAAGGCGAAAGCUGAGCUGAACCAAGUGAUUGGAAGAGGAAAGAUUAUUGAAGAAGCGGACAUAUCUAGGUUGCCUUAUUUGCAAUGUAUUGUGAAAGAAACUUUAAGACUGCAUCCACCGGCUCCUUUCUUAGUACCUCGCCAAGUACAAGAAGAUGUCCACCUCUGUGGCUACACUAUUCCAAAGAAUUCGCGAAUUCUAGUCAAUGCAUGGACUAUCGGACGUGAUCCCCUGAUAUGGAAAAAUUCCUUGUCAUUUCAACCGGAGAGGUUCCUGGACUCUGAAGUAGUUGACGUGAAUGACCAUGAUUACGAGCUAAUUCCAUUUGGUGCAGGUCGAAGGAUAUGUCCGGGAUUGCCAUUGGCCAUGGGGGUGGUGCCAGUGAUGUUGGGCUCCCUCAUAAAUUGUUUUGACUGGAUACUCGAAGGUGGAAUUGCAGGAGAGGAAGUGGACAUGGAGGAGAAGUUUGGGGUCACUCUAGCAAAGCUUCAUCCGUUUCGUGCUGUACCAACUCUAGUUGUAGGCUUGUAGCAGCUGGUUAAUAAUUGACAUUUUAGAUAAAUUCAUGUGGUCCAUUACUUUGUGAAGGAGAAUAAGAUACUCCGUCCGUCCCCCAAUACAAGUCUUCAUUUGGAAGAAUUUUUUUUCCCACAAUACUUGUCCACUUUUAGUUUCCACUUUCCAAUGCAAAAAUAGUGACAUUAUUCCAAAUUUACCCUCUUUUGAAUUUGUAUAACAAUUAAUUAGAGUUUAAAUAA